ACCAAGGGACUGAGAAACAUGAAGGAGCGGGCACUUCUGGGAUUACAGAUCAGGAAAAGGAGUUGUCGAGUAGUGCGUUACAAGCUUUUCUGGCUGGGAACUAUGAUGCCUGUUUACAACACCUGACUACCCUUCAAGACAUAAACAAAGACGACUACAAAAUAACUUUGAAUACGGCUGUUGCGGAGUUCUGUAAAAGUAACCAGACAACAACAGACAAUUUGAGACAAACCCUUAACCAGCUGAAGAACCAGGUUCACUCUGUUGUUGAAGAAAUGGAUGGUUUAGAUGACGUUGAAAAUAGUAUGCUGUACUACAACCAGGCGGUUAUUUUGUACCAUCUGCGUCAGUACACGGAGGCCAUAUCCGUCGGGGAGAAGCUGUACCAGUUCAUAGAGCCUUUUGAAGAGAAGUUUGCCCAGGCUGUGUGCUUCUUGCUUGUAGACUUAUACCUGCUAACUUACCAAGCUGAGAAAGCCUUGCAUCUGCUUGCUGUUCUGGAAAAAAUGAUUUCACAGGGCAACAAUAACAGCAAGAAUGGAAAAAAUGAGUCAGGUAAUAAUACAAAUAAAGACUCCUCGAAUCAAAAAGCUGAAAGUGGAGCUUUAAUAGAAGUUGCUAAAUCUAAGAUACAUCAGUAUAAGGUGAGAGCCUAUAUCCAGAUGAAGUCACUAAAAGCAUGCAAAAGGGAGAUCAAGUCUGUUAUGAAUACAGCUGGGAAUUCAGCUCCUUCUCUCUUUCUUAAGAGCAAUUUUGAAUAUUUGAGGGGCAAUUAUCGUAAAGCGGUCAAACUUUUAAACAGUGCAAACAUUGCUGAACAUCCAGGCUUCAUGAAAACAGGUGAAUGCUUAAGGUGUAUGUUCUGGAACAAUCUUGGCUGCAUCCACUUUGCAAUGGGAAAGCACAAUUUAGGCAUUUUUUACUUUAAAAAAGCCUUGCAAGAAAACGAUAAUGCGUGUGCACAGCUAGGAAUGGGCAGCUCAGAUCCAGGUAAAAAAUUUUCAGGGAGACCCAUGUGUACGCUGCUGACUAACAAACGGUAUGAGUUGCUCUACAAUUGUGGAAUUCAGCUCUUGCAUAUUGGGAGGCCGUUAGCUGCCUUCGAGUGCCUGAUCGAGGCCGUCCAGGUUUAUCACUCAAACCCUCGUCUUUGGCUGAGAAUAGCAGAAUGCUGCAUCGCUGCCAAUAAAGGGACAUCAGAACAAGAGACUAAAGGUCUUCCCAGCAAAAAGGGGAUUGUGCAAUCUAUAGUAGGUCAAGGCUACCACCGUAAGAUAGUCCUAGCGUCCCAGUCAAUACAGAAUGUUGUUUAUAAUGACGGGCAGUCCUCAGCAAUACCUGUAGCCAGUAUGGAAUUUGCUGCCAUUUGUCUAAGAAACGCCUUGCUGCUACUGCCAGAAGAUCAACAGGAGCCAAAGCAGGAAAACGGAUCUAAACCGAGCAAUCAGCUGGGAGGAAAUACAGAAAACAGUGAAAGCAGUGAAGCAUGCAGCAAUAAAAGUCACGAAGGGGAUAAAUUCAUCGCAGCUCCGCCGUCUUCGCCUUUGAAGAAACAGGAAUUAGAAAAUUUAAG